CCCUUUUCAUUUUACUUUCUUUCAUAACUUAAUAAUAUAAGACUUUUUGCUUCCAUGAGCGCACACGACGACAAAAGUGAUGGCAGCAAGAUCAAAGCCGCUUCAGAAAUUGAACAAAUUGAACGUGUUCAUACAAAACUGUCGGUUAGCAGCCAUGAAACGAAGGAGGAGGACGUUGAUUACAAAGGUGUAUCCGAGAAAACCUCACACCAUGAAGAAGACAGGACGAAGAAGAAUAUCUUUCUUCGAUUCAAAGAUUCGAUUUAUUCGAAGCCCGAGAAGACAGAAAACAUAUGGCAUUUACUGACAAACCUUACAAAUACUCAGAGAAUCACGUUUGCUGCAGCCUUUUUUGGAUGGACGCUGGAUGCGUUUGACUUUUUCUCAGUGUCUUUAACAGCGACACGAAUAGCUGAAGAUUUUGGUGUACAACCAUCUGACGUUACAAGUGCAAUUACGACAACUUUGGUAAGUGUGAUAGAGAGCACCGGAGUACAGAAAACAUAUUGAGAAACGAAAAAAAAAAACCAAGCAUAUAUGCUGAUUUCUCACACACGCUCGUAAAAAAAUAUGCAAAAAAAAAACCCUUGGAUAUGCGUAGAUGCUUCGUUCUAUUGGUG